GCGGCUGCGCUGUGCUGUGUAUAGACUUGGCUUCAAUAGAGACACUUCCGGCUGAGUAGAGUGACUCAGUGCGAUAUUGUUGUGAAGUCCCUAAACCGGCAGCACCAUGUUUUCUUUCAAUAUGUUUGACCACCCUAUACCGAGGGUUUUCCAGAACCGCUUCUCCACCCAGUACCGCUGCUACUCCGUCUCCAUGCUGGCUGGGCCAAAUGACCGCUCAGAUGUGGAGAAAGGAGGGAAAAUUAUCAUGCCUCCAUCUGCACUGGAUCAGCUAAGCAGAUUAAACAUCACAUACCCAAUGCUUUUCAAGUUAACGAAUAAGAAUUCAGACAGAAUGACACAUUGUGGUGUUCUUGAGUUUGUAGCAGAUGAAGGGAUUUGCUACCUCCCGCACUGGAUGAUGCAGAAUUUACUAUUAGAAGAGGGAGGUCUGGUACAAGUGGAAAGUGUCAAUCUUCAGGUGGCUACAUACUCUAAAUUCCAACCCCAGAGUCCUGAUUUCCUGGAUAUCACAAACCCCAAAGCUGUAUUGGAGAAUGCUCUGAGAAAUUUUGCCUGUCUUACGACUGGAGAUGUAAUCGCUAUAAAUUACAAUGAAAAGAUAUAUGAACUUCGGGUGAUGGAAACAAAACCAGACAAAGCAGUAUCCAUCAUUGAGUGUGACAUGAAUGUGGAUUUUGAUGCCCCGUUGGGUUACAAGGAGCCAGAAAGACCAACACAGCAGGAAGAGCCAACUGACAUUGAGCCUGAUCACAGCGACUAUGUGGGAGAUCUAGGGUUCAGGGCCUUUACUGGUUCUGGAAAUAGAUUAGAUGGAAAGAAGAAAGGGAUUGAUCCUAGUCCUUCACCACUGAAGCCUGAAGACAUGAGGAGAGGAAUUCCAAACUAUGAAUUCAAGAUUGGCACAAUUACAUUCAUCAGGAACUCGCGGCCACAGAUAAAGAAAGUAGAAGAAGAUGAUGCUCUUAAUCGCUUUAUUGCAUUCUCUGGAGAAGGACAGUCCUUGAGGAAGAAAGGCAGGAAGCCCUAAGAGACUUCACAAGUGGAAAAUGAAAUGAAUGUUCAGUGCAUUUGGUUUUCUGCUGUCAGUUAGGCAUUAAAAAUAUCUUGGUGAUCUACAGAAAGGAAAGUAUAUUGUCUUAAUAUUUAAAGACCUCAGGAUGGUGAAGAGCCUGUGACAAUCGAUACACCAAGGAUCAACUAUCCGUUUACUUGGAAAUAGUUCCUGAAUUAUUUAGCGGUUCCAAUAUAGGCUGUAUAGGAAAAAUCCAGUAAACCGUAAAACAUCCUCAAACUAAAUCGGGACAAGAGAACUAAAAUUGCAUACAGUUAUUUAUAGCUCACAAAUAUUCAAUUUGGAGAUGUCCCCAAAUGGCUUUAUAAAUGUUUCUACACUCUUCUGAUUACUAGACUGUUACGAGUCCAGUGCAUUCUUGCAGAUUGCUUUUGAUAAAAGUGCAAUUUUCAUCCAUUCUCUUUUGACAUCAGCCAGUUGGCUUUACUGAAAAAAAAAACACGUAAUAAAUAAAUAAAAGUUUUCUUUGCAGUUAA